AUGCCCGGCCUCUACUGCCCCUCCAGCUGGACGCCGCUGCCCCUCACCGACUCCUGGGUCCGGGCCUGCGCCAACGGCCCGUGCCUCAGCCUGCGGGCCAGGCUCACCUACCGCAACCCGCAGCCGCAGCCCGUGGACGGCGUGUUCGUGUACCCGCUGGCCGAGGCCGAGGUGGUGUCGGGCUUCGAGGCCGAGGCCGCCGGACGCCGCGUCUCCUUCCAGCUGCAGAGCCGGCGCCGCGCGCCAGCCGCCUGCUGUCGCGCCCUGGGCUCCGGGCCGGGGGCCCCGACGCCGCGCCGCUGCGCGCAGGGUCACCUUGUCUUGGAUCUGGCCCAGGCCCGGUCCACGCUGGUGCUGCCCACCGGCCUUAUCGCUGCCGCCGGCACCAUGACGGUGACCCUGCACAGCAGCCGGGAGCUGCCCUCCAGGCCUGACGGGGUGCUGCGCGUGGCUCUGCCCACCGUGCUCACCCCACUGGCCCCCCCAGGCCCUCCAGGGCCCCCCAGGCCUCCGGGGCUCUGUGACGACAGCCCCACCAGCUGCUUCGGGGUGGGCAGCCCUCAGGAGGAGGGGCUGGCCCGGGAGGAACCGGCCGUCCCCCCGGAUGUGUUCUCCGGCCCCGCCCGCUGCCCUGCCCCCUACGCCUUCUCCUUCGAGAUGCUGGUGACCGGCCCGUGCCUGCUGGCAGGCCUGGAGAGCCCGUCUCACGCCUUGCGAGCAGAUGCCCCCCCUCACGCCAGCUCUGCAGCCACCAUCUGUGUCACGCUGGCAGAGUGCCACCGGUGUGACCGGGCCUUGGAGAUCCUGCUGCACCCCAGCGAGCCGCAUCAGCCCCACCUGACGCUGCGGGCCGGCAGCCUGAGCGCGGCCGAGUACGAGGCCCGGGUGCGAGCCCGCCGCGACUUCCAGCGGCUGCAGCGGAGGCACAGCGACGGGGAGCGGCAGGUGGGGUUCCUGCAGCGGCGCUUCCACAAGGACAUCCUGCUGAACCCCGUGCUGGCGCUGAGCUUCUGCCCCGACCUGAGCGCUCGGCCCGGCCAGGUGGCCACGGCGACCCGGGAGCUCCUCUUCCUGCUGGACGGCAGCUGCGCAGCUUACAAGGACGCCCUGGUGUUGGCUGUGAAGUCCCUUCCGUCUCAGACGCUCGUCAACCUGGCCACCUGCGGGACCUCCGUGCGGCCGCUCUUCCCCGAGAGCCGGCCUUGCACCGAUGACACCGUGAAGACGGCCUGUGAGAGCAUCGAGAGCCUGCGGCCGGCGGGGGCCUCUCCGGACGUGCUGGCGGCCCUGGACUGGGCUUUGGGGCAACCCCAGCACAGGGCCCACCCUCGGCAGCUGUUCCUGCUCACGGCGGUCCCGCCCCUGGCUGCCACCAGCCAGCAGGCCCUGGAGCUCAUGAGGUGGCACCGGGGAGCAGCCAGGUGCUUCUCCUUCGGGCUGGGGACCCCCCGCCAGCCGCUGUUACGGGACCUGUCGGCCCUCAGCAGGGGCCAGGCCUUCUUCCUGAGGACUGGGGAGAGGCUGCAGCCCCUGCUGGUGCAGGCUCUGCGGAAGGCACUGGAGCCAGCUCUGAGCGACAUCUCUGUGGACUGGUUUGUGCCUGAUGCCGUGGAGGCGCUGCUGACACCCCGGGAGAUCCCCGCACUCUACCCUGGGGACCAGCUGCUCGGUUACUGCUCGCUCUUCAGGGUGGACGGCUUCCGGCCCCGCCCUCCAGGGGGCCAAGAGGUGGGCUGGCAAAGCUUGGGUGGCUCUGUGUUCCCAUCCCCAGAGGAGACGCCAUCUGUCACCAGCCCCGGCACCGAGCCCACAGGCACCUCAGAGCCACCGGGAGCAGGCACGGUGUCCGCGGACCUCUCCAGCCCGUGGGCUGCCGGGGACUCGGAGCACAGUUCCGAGGCGCUCACGGACCCAGCCACGGACCCUGGGCCCAACCCCUCCUCCGACACGGCCAUAUGGAGGCGCAUCUUCCAGUCGUCGUACAUCCGGGAGCAGUACGUGCUCACCCACUGCUCCGCCAGCCCCGAGCCGGGCCCGGGCUCCACCGGCAGCAGCGAGUCCCCAGGUUCUCAAGGCCCGGGCUCUCCAGAGGGCAGCUUUCCCGGGGAGCCCCCUUCGCAGCAGGGCUGCCGCAGCCUGGCCUGGGUAGAACCUGCAGCUUCCCGCUCCUGCCCCCUGCCCGCCCCCCCACCAGCCUCGUUCAAGGCAGGAGCUUUGAGCGCUGAGGUGCUGGGUCGUCAGCACAGAGCAGCCCUGCCUGGCCGAAGCCUCUCAUCUCCCCCAGGCCGGGCAAGCCCGGCCCCCCGACAACCUGGGCGCCCUUCUCUGGGUGCCGUUCCAGAUGGGCCAGGCCCUGAGCCGGGCCCACAGCUGGGGCAGGGCCUGGAGGAGUCAGGAAACCUGCUCUCCCCCAUGGACUGGGACAUGUUGAUGGAGCCGCCCUUCCUGUUCACCGCGGCGUCAUCCGAGCCCGCUCCUCCCGCAGCGCCCUGGCCCCCCCAGGCCCCCCGGUGCCACGUGGUGAUCCGGGGCCUGUGUGGGGAGCAGCUCAUGUGCUGGGAGGUGGGGGUUGGGCUGGAGACACUCUGGGGACCUGGGGAUGGCCCGCCGACUCCACCCAGCCCUGCCGGAGAAGCCCUGUGGGACCAGCCAUUCCACCGGCUGACGGCCGCCUCCGUGGUCCGGGACAACGAGCAGCUGGCUCUCCGGGGAGGGGCUGAGACCACGGCUGACCGGGGCCACGCCCGGAGGUCCUGGCUCCGAGCCCUUCAGACCAGCAAGGCCAGCUCUGCGCCCUCCUGCUUCACCUGCCCCGUGGCCGUGGACGCCGCCACGCGGGAGGCGCUGCCCGGGGCCCUGCAGGUGCGGAGCUCAGGUAGGCCCGCCCCGCCCCGCCAGCCGCCGGAGCCCCCGGGCCCGCCCGCCUCCCGGGGCCGCCCCGCCGCGGCCGUCCCCGCCGAAGGUGCUGCUCGCGUGGGGGCCCCGGAGGGCGCGCCGGCUCCCCGCGGGGCUCCAGGGGCGCCCUCCCCACCGGGCGCGGGGGGCCUGGACCAGACCGACAGCCCCGAGCCCGCCGCCCCCGGUCCUCGGCGCCCGCCCCUCCAGCCUCGCCCGGGCCCGGCCCGGGAGGGCAGCAGCGAGGGCGGCCACGCCGACUACCUGCCCCUGCGCUCCCUCCCCCUCCUGUCUCCCCAGGUGCGGCUGCAGGAGGCGCGGGGCUCCUUCCGCCUGGACGCCCCGUUCUGCGCGGCCGUGCGCAUCCCCGGCGAGCGCCUGCGCCGCGCCUCGCCCUUCGCCGCGCACCGGGCCAGCCUCAGCCCCGCCUCGCCCGCCUCGCCCUGGGCGCUCCUGGGCCUGGACGGCGCCUGCGGCCCGGCCCCCAGCCCCGGCUCCGAGGGCCCGGCCCCGGCGGACAGCGGGCGGGGCUCGGACACGGCCUCGGAGGGCGCGGAGGGGCCCGGCGACGCGGACCCCCGGGGCCGGGCCUGGGCCACCGCGGUGGCGCUGGCGUGGCUGGAGCACCGCUGCGCCGCGGCCUUCGGCGAGUGGGAGCUGACGGCCGCCAAGGCCGACGGCUGGCUGCGGGCCCAACGCCUGCCCGACGGGCUCGACCUGGCGGCCCUCAAAGCGGCGGCCCAGGGGCUCUUCCUGCUGCUCCGCCACUGGGACCAGAACCUGCAGCUGCGCCUGCUGUGCUACAGCCCUUCCAGCGUGUGAGGCCGCCUGCUGCGCCCAUCCACCCGUCCGUCCGCUCACUGCCACCCAGGGCCGGCUGCGCGGU